AUGGCUUCGAAGGUGUUCGGCUACCACCACGGAUUGACGCUUUCCCCGCGUUAUCCUCCAGCAGUGCUGCUACCGGUGCAAAACAAAGAUGAGAGUAGUAGUGCAGUCAAAGAUUAUGCCGUUUGUGUUGCAUCCGCAGCAACUGGCAGAGAGGCAGUUGUAGCCGUAACCUCAUGCAGCAGACACAGCAGCAGCGGAACAGUACAAACAGCGUGGAAAUGCCUUCGCCGGCAUCACUACCGAGCUGCUGUGCUGUGCGUGGUGAGCAACCAAGGCCGCUUGCUUGGAUGA